GAUGCAAGAUUUUCUUGGUAAGUUUAUCAAUUUAGACAAGUCUUCUAUUUCUUAGAUAUGUGACAAGAGAGGUUGUUCGUAUAAUAAGAGUACCCUCCACUUACAACUUUGAGUCGGGAAGCAGAAAGAUCGAAGCUCCUAAAGAGGGCUAAAAUUUAAAAAAGAAAUCUUGGGGUUCGUUGGCCUACGUAGGUCCCGGUUCAUGGUUCGAUUAUGUUCUUAUAUCGGUGUCUGGUGAAGGAUUCUGUUGAGUAUUAAACAUGGAGAAUAGUCAUGAAUCACUCAGUAAUGGGAAACCAGCUGAUCCUGGUCUCCAAAUUAUUAGGCACCCCUCAUACCAAUCGUGUGGUAAAUUAUUGUUAUCUUGGUUAGAUAUCAGAGUUUUCUAUAUUAGAAUCAGCAAUUUUAUGGUUGAUGAUUCCACCCCAGAAUAUCUUACUCUCAACCACAUCCCUCUAAAUCCCGAUACAUUGCUUGAAGUUAAUGGAACAAGAUGUUCCAUGUAUUCAGAAGGAGCGUCUUGUCUCCUUCGAAGGGAUCGUGUUGAUAAGAAAUCCGAAGAAGCUACAUUUGUGAGCACGGAUAGUAUAAGGUUGACGGGAAGUGUGAAAUUUGAGGUUUUCAAUAAAGGCGAUCUCGUGCUCUCGGGGGUUUUAGAGAUGUCGAAUAGUAAUGGUUUUGUUGGGGAGUCUAAGAACAAUGCCGGGAGAUGGAACAUGAAUUGUGAAUCGGUGAUGAAUGCUGGCACUGGUUUUCUGAAGGGUAAACAAAUUAUAGGUUCUGAAUCAUUAUCACCAACAAUUGAAGUCUUUAUUACUGGUUGCUUUUCUGGGACACCUAUCAUCUUAACCAAGACUUUGCAGCUCAAUCAUAGGAAGAAGCACAACAGGAAGGGUAUGUUACACUCAAUCCCGGAGCAUGAAACAGAUGAGCAGCAGAAAGAUGUCUCAUCUGAACUUGAUCUGCAGGUUCCGGAGUAUAGAAAGUAUGAACCAGAAAGCGAAGAAGACUACAACAGCAUGUACUGGAGACAGCCGGAAUAUAUGGAUGGUGAAGAUGGGGAACUAUCCUGGUUCAAUGCUGGGGUUCGUGUUGGUGUAGGGAUUGGCCUUGGCAUUUGCGUAGGAGUUGGAAUAGGAGUUGGUCUGUUGGUUCGCACAUACCAGACUACUACACGAAACUUCAGAAGGCGGUUUAUAUGAUUGUGUGCAUCACUGCAUUGUUUUUGCAUCAUCCAAACGGUUAACAAAAGAUACAUGCUUGUCUUGAGAGUGUGAAUUCUGGUCGUUAGACAGUCGCUAACCAUCAUACAUUUUCAUGUAAACUUACUUUUUGCUAGUGUUUCGUCAUCCCUGUUAAGUCUCUUUGUAUUCCCCCCCCCCCCUACCCUCCCCCCCACCCCCUUUCUUGUUUUGGAUUUAUGUUGCUGAGGUGUAUCCAAGGCUGCAAAAAUUAUACUAUCAUCAUUUGGUGUAGUUUUUGUGUUAAGCUCUUGGGAUAGUAGUUCAAUGUAAUUUUUGUUUUAUUUUAUUUUUUUGUAUGUAAACUCUUCCAUCUGAGAAACUCAUUGUUUGUGUAAGUGCCUAUGUUGUUUGAUGUUUUACAUUUGACAACUGGUAUAAAUGUUCAAUAGCUUAAUACAUAGAUGAAACAUACUAUGUUGUUUCUGGUAAA